GGAAGAAAGGCAGCAGAGAGACUCACAAACGCACACAGGAUGGCGACCAACACGCAGCCAGAAGGGCUCUCACUGCAUCAGCUGACUUUUCUCUCUCUCUGUUCUGUGAAGCCGCCGUGAUUUGGCUCCCGAGCUCACUUACCACACAGCGGAUCAGCAACAGCGGCCUUCAAGCAUCGCGUCUAUUCGCACGGCUCACAGGCAUGAGGCCGCCCACGUCUGUCAGCGCCCCUCCUCCCGCCACGGCUGAUCCCCCAGACACAGACGUCCUCAGACAAUCAGCUUCUGAAUUGGACGUCUCGACGACAAGGUCAGCGAAGUCAUCGAAGCAUCAACCAAAGGCUCAAGGAGAUGGCGAAGGCGGCGCUCGGCUCUCAGGCGUGUCCACCACCGUCUCGACAUCGGUCUCCACCCCUGCAGUGGACGGCCGGGCUCCGCUUGGCGACGGGGAUUUCGGCUGAGGAGGGCGAUCUGUGGGGCUUUCUGGUGCUGCGGAUUGGCUGUGUGACCUUGUGGCUGACGGACUACCCUCUGAGGCAUUUCCUGCUCAUCAUCGGCCUCCUCCUGAUCUAUGCACUGUGGUCGUGGGGUGGUUUUAGUUUUAUCUACUACCUUCUCGUUAUCCUUGGGUAUGCGAGGAGUUUGUUAUUCGCUCCCGUGAUUCCCUUUGUGAUUGUGAUAUGGACACCGCCGUCGCUGAUGCUCUUGAUUGGAUUGGGAAGUCUGUGCGCGCCGCCUCUUUGGUGGGGCACUCGAUGGCUCGUCUAUUUCUCUAUCGUUCUGACCAUUGUCUAUUCCGGGUUCAUGUACUUAUUCGCGGUUUCUAAUUAUCUCACUAUGUCCGUUGAAAGCGAUACCUUCGGUAUGCGCUUCGGCGCACUGGCGUGGCUGGCUGGAGGGGCCCUUCUCCAGUUGGCUCUCUUCAUUGUCAUCUCGGAGCCGCGGCUCAUCCGUGCAUCGACCAGCCCGACGGGUGGAAGGGAAAUCGACGUCGAUCACAACCGGCUCUCAUGCUGCGGCCGUCGGGCAGAGUGGAGACCCUCGGCGACGGCCGAGUGGAUAGCCAAGGCCCGGCAAACAGAGCCCUUCCUCUACCGCUCGGUGACCAAGCGGUGGCUCAAACGGAUGGACUAUCUCACCUUCAUUCGGUUGUAUAAACUGCUGGCCGUCGUGGGGAUGGCCGUGGACUUCAUUACCGAUGCGGCGGUGGGGUUUCAAAUGAUCACCGGGCUUCCAGAAAGGCUAUGGGGUCGUGCAAGAUCCAUCUGUAUGGUCGAUGGCAAAUAUCCGUGGAGUGAUUAUGAAAGGGAAUGCAUGGAUACCACGAUGAGCCGUCUGAAAAGUGAAGCGCAAGGCUAUGGAGUUGUUGGCUUUGUCAUCCUGGGCCUAUCGCUGGCCGACUUCAUAUCGCUGUUCAUUCACUACGGCAUCCGCGGCUCUCCCUCAGUAUGCCAGCACAUCUAGAUUGUCGCCUUUGCCCUCCUGGAAGUGCCCAUCUUGGUGCUGAGAAUUGUGUGGGCGAUGGAGGCCAGCAAUCCGACGGUCUUCAUCGUAUCUGCCUUCUUCACUCUGGUGACGGUUCUCUCUCGAGUCGGGUCGUUUGCGUGGAGCAUGUCUAUGCGGCGAAAGAGUGGAUUGUCGACCGACUCUCAAGAGGUGAGAAGAGGAGGGAAUGAGGACGUUGUGUGUCAUUCCUCGUUGUCUUGUUUACUAUGCACCAGGGAGCUCCAUCGGUCGUGUGAUGGACGGCACAUUCUUGGGCACUUGGAAGUGCUUGGGCGAAGUAUGGUACUUCCUGCUGCUGCUGCUGAUGGGACUGACAAGUGGCCGGCUGUCUGUUAUCCUUCCAGUCAAUCAGACAGGGAGGAAGGGAGCCAAACGAUCGGUGGAUUCCACCGCCAGCCGCAGGACCGAAGUGGCUGUGCGUACGGAUCUACGGCUGUAUACAUGUGUGUGCAGCUCCAUGCAUGUCAGUCACGUGCUUGUUUGCCUGUUGUAGCACGAAGGGAUGUAGUUUCAUGCCUUUCAGCUGCUUGUCUUGCCUUGAGCCCCUUUCUUUCUUCUGGCUCAUCGACAUGUUCGUGUGACUGACUUGUUUCGCUGGUCGAUCUGUGUGUCUUUCUGGAUGGACGGCCGGUGGCUGGAAAGCGUGGAUGGUGGACGGAUGUGACCGUGAUUGAUGUCUUGACAGCGAAGGUGCUGAUGGUGUGAUGUGGUGUGCAUUGAGUGUAUGAGGGCAGCGACGGUCUGUGCGACGACAGACAGACAGACAUGCACCCAACUUGAAUGCGGUCCCGCUUUCCUGCCUCCCUGUACGUCUGUCUGUCUGCCUGUCUGUCUGUCGAGGUUGCUGUGGGUGCUGCGUGGGUGGGCUGACGAAGGGAUGUGCGUGCGUACGAUGGAUGCCAUGCUUUGACUGACCGGCCAGAUGCGAUGCGUGUGUGAUGUCAUGUGUGUGAGCGAGACAGUGAAUGAGUGGUGUCCGUCCACCCAUUUCCUGGAAUACUGAAUUCAGUCAGUCA